UGAUCAAGAACUCGAGCAUCCCGGAGUCUACUUUGAAGAAAAAGAGCAACUCGGUCGCAUACCACUAUGUCCGUGAAAGAGUCGCUGCAGGCAUGGCAAACAUCACUUAUGAGAAUACAGAGAGCAAUUUGGCCGAUAUGUUGACGAAGAUCCAGAACGGGCCUGUGAGGCAGCGACUGGUUUCGAAAGUCCUCUACUAACAAUCUACAAAAAGGCAACAUGACCAUAGGGUGGGCCGUUUGGUGAACGGCAGGUCUGAGCCUCCAAGGGGCCUUGCCCCAAGGGUACAUCCUGUUUCAGACUUCCGAAGUCUGUUUUCCCAUUUCAAGUGCAAUCUAGCGUGAGAUAGAUCCCCCUCUAGCUUGAGGGGACCGAAAAUGACCUGUGGUAGCGAUUUAUGACUAUCCAGUUACCAGAUUACUAAAAUCAACCACAACAACCAAGUAGUAACACACACAACACUAUAGCAACCUCUUUAUCAACACCAUCAGCCUUUUUCGAACAUCCGUCGAAAAGUCGAAAAUGCUUUGGACGAACACUGUGCAGUCAUUUCAACAACCAGUGAGGCCGGUACGGUUCUCAUGUCCGGCAUUUGGAGCACCACAAACCUGACGAUCGUCGAGCUGGUUCCUUGUUUCCUCGUUGAAUGCGGCCUCAUUUUUUCAUGGCUUCAAGAUCGACAGUCAAUUGAGAAUUGCAUCCACCACUGAUCUCUCUACUGCCGGUAGCUGCAAUAACAGCAACAACGAAGUUGCCCCGCCUCCAAAGGACGAGUUGAAUACUCCUGACCUGGAAGAACAAUCCCCAGCCGAAAUGAACAACGGCGACACGACGAAGCCCCGCCGUUGGCUGGUAGACCGUUGCGACGGGAACGAGCAAGUGAUGGAUCCUGAUUCCAGACCUUGCUGUCCCAUCUUUUACGCCCCCCUUUUGCUCAAGUUUUUUCCAGACUAUCUAGAGCAGAACCGAGUUAUGGAGUGUUUGGGCAAGACGGGUUUGUUUUCACCCAAAAAUGUCACCGCACGCAAAGUGGUCAUGAUCAUUGCCUUGUUGUCCACAUUGAUCGGUUGGGCAUUCCUGAUUGUGUCAGACUUUAGCAUUUCCACGCAAUACAAGUACAUCGAAAUGGCAGCCUUUAACUAUGCCAGUAUUUCGGUAAACGUCAAUGACAACUCGACCUUAGUAACCAAUGCAACACGAAUCAGUUUGGGAUUGAGAGCUGCUGCCUUGGCAACUUCUUCCUAUGAGGACUACGUGGACCGUGAGGAAGACCAACGUGUCAUUGGUUUUGACGAGUUUUGUGGCAAUCAGCAUGAAAAAGAAACUCUCAGAGACAAGACAGUCAGCUCGUUGGCAUCCAGGAUCGUCUUUGCCAAUCCAGACAAUUGCCACCAGUGUGCGGAUGCCAGUCAAGCCAUGGUAUCAUCCAUACUCAUGUCCACAAUCACAUACUUUUUCACAUUUACGACCGAUAUCCUACGAAUCUGGCCCAACUAUGAUGUCAAUUGCCAAAAGGUCUUUGGCGCAUUCUUUGCCAUUUUCAGUACCGUCAUGGGACUUCGAACAUGGUUCAUCUAUAGGAACCAAUGCUUUGCCAGUUUUGCCAGUGGAUGGGAAUGCUACGAUGCGACCUUUGAACGAGUCGAAUGUGGCGACGAGUACACCUACGACUCGGGCAAAUUCUUCUUUCACAAUCCCUCUGUGGCAUACUCGGUUUACACCAAUUGGAUGAUUGGGCCCGGUCUGAUUUGCUUGGGGGUUGCUACCUUUGCCAAAGUCAUGGAUCUGCUCUGCAAUUUCGUCAUUCCGACGCCGUCCAUUACCCGCAAUCGAGACGAACAGUGGGAAUAUGAAAGAUUGGUUCAGAAACAGGAGGAGGCACAAGAGGUGGAACAAGAGGAAGAGGUUGAAGAGCACGAAGAGGCAGAACAAGAAGAGCAAAAAGAAGAGGUUGAGGCAGAGGCAGAUGACGAACAAGGGAACGAAAGAGAACACGAUGACGGGGGUGAAGCCAAGCAGGACGUGUAAAGAGAUCAGCGAGUGCACCCGCACCGCUGCCGCCGCCUUCUUUUGAGGGUAUUGGAUUGGAUUGUGAGAAUAGAGAACUAGAUCUUUAUGGAUUUACGCUCCGCCAGAAAUCAGAAAUCAAACAGCAUCGUUUGCCUUGUUUGCCGUCUGCGAUCCCUUUUCCAUCGUUUUUUCUGCUUUUGCUUUGAAUCUGUCUCGAGGAAGCGAGAGUGACUCACACGGGCCCUCGGAUAAAAUUCUCGUUUCAGUAGCUCGGCGAAAGCAACAGAACGAUGCUUUCCCCACGAGCACACGAACCCAACAGAGCCAAUGUCAUUAUCUUCUAUCGUUUCCACAAUCAAAUCCAUUAAAUGGCCAUAGUCCGGAUGC